AUGUCAAGCAUUGAUGCCAAUGAUGAAUUGAAUGAAAGCUCUGGUAGUGAUAACGAAUACAAUUGUUCAUCGUUAACGCUUGAUCAUUCACCUGUGGUAAAAGAUCCUUUUUAUCAUCCAGUGUUUAAUAAAAAUGCCAUCCCUUUCGUGCCACUAGCAAAUUAUAAGGAUCAAUCAAGCACGAGUUCAAUUAUACCGCCGAUGGCUGCAACAUCCGGCUUAUCGGUCUCAAAUAAGAGACAGAUAAGUUCUGGACCUUACAAUAUUCAAUUUUCAAACUUGCCAAGCUCAAUCACUUUACAAAAUUUGAGUGAAUUGAUAGACUCAAUUAUAGAAACAAAUUUUGAUCCUCAAACAUUUAUAUAUAAUUAUGAAAUUAUAAAUUUCACACGUAGCAAUGAGUUGGAAAAAUCCAGCACCAAAUCUCCAGACAUAGAAAAAUUACAAGCUAACGAAGUGGAUUCCACCUAUGAAGCUGACAAUGAGCAAUUGUCAACUACAGCAAUAGUUCAAGUAUAUGAUUGGACAUUUUGUAGUCGAUUAAUUGAUCUAUUUAAUGGAUAUGAAUGGCAAGGAAAAACUCUAGACGUUAAUUUUAUUACUAGUUCAUCCAAUGAUUCGCAUAGUUCUAGUAUUUCAAGUUUGCCUUCAGCUGGUUCUAGUGCCAAUAGCUCAAUUUCCAAUCUCAUGGCUGUUCCACCUCCUAAUCCUUACAACAAUUCAUAUUUCCCAUCCCACGCACCCCAGAAUCCUCCAUAUUUAACUCCCAUUAUGCCCCCUCAAUAUGAUUAUGGAUUUGGAAAUAAUCCUUCUCAGCCCUUAAUUCCAGGUCAAAUGUAUCCAUUACCUCCUAUAGGUACAUAUGCCAACCAUACACCUCGUCAAUUUUUGUUCCGUAGAUCUUCUUCGGCAAAGUCAUUUGAUUCAAUGAGAAGGAGCUCAAGAAAUAACAGCAUAGCGAGUGCACGUAAUUCAUCAUCCUUUUCUUCAUUGUCUUCUUCUUCAUUUUCAAAUAGUUCUUCGAUGAAUCAAAAGCAACCAGUCCCACCAUUUAUAAUGAAUAUGGUUGCAAACAACCGGCUAAGAUCCAGUUUAGAUUCAUCUCCUUCUGAUUCUCCUGUUUCUGAAUCACCAAUUGAAUCUCAAAAUCAAUUCCGACCAAAUGAUUUGGAGUAUAUUAAUAGUGAGGAAUUUGAUCUUAAGAGUAGUCUACCUCAAGAAGUCAUAGAAGAAGAAAUAAUUCAUAAUGAAGUAGAAGAGAUUGGCGAUGAAGGUGGUCCUAAGUUAGAAAAUGAACUUGUUGAAUCUUCUUCUAGUAUAGACUCUAUGCAUUCUGAAGACUACUACAUUCUUACAAGAAAUGAUGAAGAUACAGAUUUUAUAAAGGUUAAUCCGAAAAGGCUAUUUGUAGGGAAUGUACCUUAUUCUUCAACUUGGGCAUCUUUAAGGAAUUUUUUUGUGACAAAAGCUAAGGAAUUAGAUCCUGAAUCGAAUAUAAUCAUUUUAAGAGUUGAAAUUCCUAUGCAACCGGCCCAGAAUAUAGGUGGAGAUGAUAAUCCAUAUGACAUAAUUCAGUCUGGAUUGAUUACAAAAAGUAGAGGAUUUGCAAUAGUAACAACUGGUAAUAAAGAAUCAUCACAAAAAUUGAUUGAACUAUUUGAUAACAUGCAAUUUGAAGGAAGAUCAUUAACCGUAAGAUACGAUAAAUUCCCUGAAUUUAACAAUUAUUUAAUUCAGCAAAUAUAUAAUCAUACACCUUAUUCACAAAACAUUCAAAAGACAACAAUUCUUCCUAGACAAAAUCAAAUACCCAAUCAUCAGAAUACAUUUCCUUACAAUGCUAAGAAUUAUGGGAAUAUUUCUAGAAAUAAUAGCUAUAGUGGUCAGGGACCAUCUAUUAUCAGUAACCUAGCUUUUGAAAGGAAUCUGCUCCAACAGAAGUAUUACUAUGCAUCUAAUAUCAAUCAAUUAGGGAAUACAAACACCACAACUUCAUCUGUGGGAACAGUUAAUAAUCCGAUGGGAGGUAUGGUUCCAACACCGAAUGCAGGUAAUUAUUUUGUUUAUCCUUAUUAUUAUGGACCUCAACCAUUACAAAAUCUUGCGCCACUAAAUAUGCCUCAGCCAAAUUUGCAGACUAAUCUUCCUGGUGGUGCAAAUUAUCAAGGGUAUAUGACAAAACAGCAAGUUCCCACAAUUUAUUCUACAUCAGCACCACAUAGUUUCAACAUCAUGUAUCGGAGUGGUAGUAACAAGCUUCAAAGUCAGAAUCAGAGUCAGAAUCAGAAUCAAAACAGGGAAAGCUCAAGCAGCAUCUCCUUAGAGAGACCUGGUGAUGCUCACAAAAUUCAAGAGGGAGAGUUGAACGAUGAAGACAAAGCAAGAGAAUUGGCCAAUUCAUUAAACAAAGUCAACCUUAAUGAAUAG